CACACACACACACACACAAAUCAUUUCAUGAAACCAGCUAAUGUCCCUGGAAUGUCCAACAACACUAUAAAUACCCAGUGACAAAGCCUGUUUAAGACUUUUCUGUAUGCGGUUGCUCUCUGGUGCGCUCAUCAUGAAGAACAUUACGCAGUUCUUUUUAGCAGUCUUGCCAUGGUUGCCUCUCCUGUUUCCUUCGAAAGGGUUGUGUAACCAGAGAGUUAAUUGCCAGUGGGGUCGUUAUGGUGAUUGGUCAGAGUGUGAUGGCUGCACCAAAUUACAGACAAGAAGCCGAGUCAUGGCUGUUUAUGCUCAGUUUGGAGGGAGCCCCUGUGAUGGGGCGCGAACUGAGACUAGGUCCUGUGAAACCACAAAAGGCUGCCCUCUAGCGGAUGGAUGUGGAGACAGAUUUCGCUGUCGAUCUGGAAAGUGUAUUAGCCGGUCUCUGCUGUGCAACGGUGAUCAGGACUGUGAGGAAGAUGGACUCGACGAACUUCCCGCAACUUGUGACACUCCAACACACGUUGUAUGUUCUAAAUCAGUUGUCCUGCCUAGCAUUGAACUCCUAGGACUUGGGUUUGAUAUGGUGUCAGGGAAGUGGAAGGCCAGUGUCAUUAACACAAAGAGCUUUGGGGGCCAGUGUCGCACCCUCUUCAGUGGUGUCCACAAUGCUCUCUACAGACUGCCCCUAAGUACUCUCAAGUACAACUUUAUGGUUAAAGUUCAGAAUGACUUCAGUGAUGAGAUGUUCGAAAGUAAAUGGCACUAUGCAAAGGACAUUGUCAAUAGACAGAAAGUGUCUGGUACCACGUCAGGAUAUCGUAACUAUGAUCUUCAUGAGAAAGAUGACAAGAGUCGGACCCACAAGCUUUUGGUUUUAAAGAAUGCCAUAGAGGUAGCUCAGUUCCAGAGCAACUCUCCUGAGUAUCUCCCGAUAUCUGAGGAGUUUUGGAAGGCACUGGCUAAACUCCCAUCAGUUUACGACUAUGCUGCUUAUAGGAAGGUUUUGGAAAUGUAUGGAACGCACUACCUGUCCGAGGGAAGCCUCGGAGGCUCCUUCAAGGUUGUCGCCAUGAUUGAUGAAGAGAGUGAAAAAAAGACAAUGACCAGCACCUCCGAAUUUAAUGAGUGUGAAAGGACUAAACGUUGGAUUCUUUUUUUCCCCAUCACCCGCGUUUCCUGCAGCAGUGGUCGCGAUCACCGCUCAGAUUCUAGUGAUUCCACCACCAGUAAUUCUGUGGAAAAUGUGGCUGUGAAUGGAGGUGGCACACAACAAACUGCAGCACUGAUGACAAUGAAUUUCAGGAAUCCAAAUAAAAACUGGGAAAUGUAUUCAAACUGGGCUGACUCUGUUCGAUCGUUUCCAAAGGUCACAAAACAAAAACUGCGACCACUGUCAGAGCUAGUAAAGGAGGUGCAGUGUGCUGGGGUGAAGAAGCUCUACCUUCGCAGGGCCAUUGAGCAGUACCUUUCUGAGAGUGACCCCUGCCACUGCUGGCCUUGCAGCAACAAUGGCAUAGUUGUCAUGGAUGGAGAUGAAUGCAAAUGCAUUUGUAAACCUGGCACAUCAGGACUGGCCUGUGAGCAAGGAACUGAAGCUGAGGGUCAGCAAGGAGUGAUCCAUGGUAGUUGGACCUGCUGGUCUGCAUGGGCAUCAUGCUCUGGAGGUCGAAGGUCAAGAAGCCGUUCAUGUUCUAAUCCCACUCCAUGGAACGGAGGACAAAAUUGUAUCGGAGAAACCACUGAAACAUCUGACUGUGAAGAGCAAGAUCUGCAAUAUUUAAAAACCAUGGAGCCUCAGUGCUUCGACCAAACUCUCCCAGCAAGUCAGAAGUGCGGAACUCCACAUGCUCUAAUCAAUGGCUACAUCGUGGACCAAAAGGAUAUUUACCUUGUGGGUAGUAAGGUUGAAUACAGGUGCACUGCCGGUUUUUAUCUUGUUGGUCAAAACUCCAUAGAAUGCACUGCUGAUCAAACUUGGUCUAGCAAGCCUGGAAUGUGCUCAGUUGUAAGCUGCCAGCUUGAGCUUGCUGCUGAUGUCAUAGCCUUUCCUUUAUCUGAGGGCUAUGCCGUAGGGCAAUCGGUCACCUUGUCCUGUCCACCAGGUAGACAGCUGCUAGGAGAAGCAGUGGUUUCAUGUGACUCCAGUAUGCAUUUUUCACCAAACCCAGCAGAAAUCAAAUGCAGCCCAGUCACUCCAACACAACAAAUGACCUUGGUCGAAUGUCAACCAUGGGAGAAGUCUUCCAGAGGCAAAUGUGUUUGCAAAAUGCCCUUUGAGUGCAGCAGUUCAUCUUUGGAUGUGUGCGCCUCUAGUGCUACUACUGUGAGUAGAAAAUCAAUUCUUCUGAAUGUGUGCAAAAUGCAUGCACUGAAGUGUAUUGGGAAGAACCACAUGAUAGUAGAAGACAGCACCUGCACUUGGCCAGAGCGCAGCACAACAGGCUGCGCCAAAUGUCACAUUUGGGAAACUUGCAACGAUCAAACCAAUCAGUGUCAGUGUAAGGACUCUGCAGAUUGCGUGACCCCAGGAUAUAAUGUGUGUGUUCGUGUUGGAGAGGAUGCAGCAAAUCAGACCAUGAGCGAGUGUGAUGCAGGACUACGGCGAUGUAAAGGAGAAAAGGUGUCAGUUGUCAGUAUCCUGCCUUGCACUGACUGAGGAUGCAGGAUGACAGUUUGACCUUAAGACUUUCUAUUUCCACCUAUCUCAACACUGUCCUCAUAUUUUCCCAAUGAAUUCAUAUUUUAUAAAGUAUCACUGCUUCAGCUGAUUGUAAACUGCAACUUUAUGCAUGCAUAUUGUAUAUUGUAUACAUACUAACACAAGGAAUAAAUAGCAAAUAGCAUCAGCUAUGUUAAAUUUC